AUGGUUGGAACAAUGGAGGAAACAAGCAGGAUCCCUGGGUACUUCAAGAACAAGGGCAUCCUGAUCACUGGCGCAACAGGCUUCCUUGGAAAGAUACUCGUGGAGAAGAUACUGAGGGUCCAGCCGGACGUCAAGAGGAUCUACCUCCCCGUGCGUGCGCCGGAUGCAGAAUCGGCCAAGAAACGGGUGGAGACUGAGGUGAUCGGGAAGGAGCUGUUUGGGCUUCUCCGGGAGACGCAUGGCAAGGGGUUCCGGUCCUUCAUCGAGGAGAAGGUCGUCCCGUUGGCCGGAGACAUCAUCCACGAGAACCUGGGCGUGGAGGGGCCCCAGCUGAGCCAGAUGACUCGGGAGCUCAACGUCAUCGUCAAUGGAGCUGCCACCACAAACUUCUACGAGAGGUACGACGUGGCCCUGGAUGUGAACGUGCUGGGAGUGAAGCAUAUUUGCCAGCUGGCCAAGCAGUGCCCCAAUCUCGAGGUCGUCCUCCAUGUGUCCACCGCCUAUGUGGUGGGCGAGAAGCAGGGGGUGAUCCUGGAGCGGGCGUUCAAGCAGGGAGAGACGCUGAGGGAGACGGAGGCGGAGCUGGACAUCGACGCGGAGCUGCGGUUGGCCAGGGACUACCAGCGGCAGGUCGCCGGCGACGACGCGGAGCAGAAGAACGAGCGGAAGGCCAUGAAGGAGCUGGGCCUCGCCAGGGCCCGGGAGUUCGGCUGGCCCAACACCUACGUCUUCACCAAGGCGUUCGGGGAGAUGAUGCUGGCGCGGGAGCUGGGGGCAGGGCGGCGGCGUCCCCGGCGUGAUCGUGCGGCCCAGCAUUAUCACCAGCAUCCAGAAGGAGCCGCUGCCCGGGUGGGUCGAAGGCACCAGGACCAUCGACGCCAUCCUCAUCGGCUACGCCAAGCAGAGCCUCUCCUGCUUCCUGGCCGACCUCCAGCUCACCAUGGACGUGAUAGGAUAGAUCACACACUUGCGAUCAGCACAUUUAAGUCACUGCACCAACCAACUAAUAAAUGGCCGCAGAUCCCCGGGGACAUGGUGGUGAACGCGAUGAUGGCCGCGACGGUGGCGCACGCGUCGUCGUCGGCCCCGGCCGACCAGCAGAAGAAGACGACGCCGCCGCCGACGGUGUACCACGCGACGUCUUCCCUCCGCAACCCUGCGCCGUACGCGGUGCUGUACCGGACGGGGCUGCGGUACUUCAGCGACCACCCGCGCGUGGGCAAGGACGGCCGCCCCGUGCGCACCCGCAAGGUGCACUUCUUCGGCACCGUGGCCGGCUUCACCGCCUACAUGGUGCUCCGCUACAGGCUGCCGCUGGAGCUGCUGCGCCUGCUCAGCCUGCUCUGCUGCGGCCUCCUCUUCUCGCGCCUCUACGCCGACCUGGACCGCAAGUACAGGUUCGUCAUGCGCCUCGUCGACCUCUACGGGCCCUUCGCGCUCUUCAGGGGCAUCUUCGACGACGCCAACGUGGAGAGGCUCAGGAUGGCCAUGCCCGUCGCCGACCGGGUGGAGUUCAACUUCGACCCCAAGACCGUCGACUGGGACGACUACUUCUACAAGAUCCACAUCCCAGGGGUCAUGAAGUACGUGCUCAACUAG